GACAAAGAACCAAUAACGUAGAGGUUGAUUGUGUAGAUAGAUUCAUGAGCCAGGCAACAUUGCACAACAGUUUCCUAGCUACUGUCCUGGAGCAAUUUGAGCUUAAACACCCUGGUUUCAAAUAUGCAUUAUUUGAUUACUACAAUGCUCUUCGUGACAGAACUCUUCAUCCCACAGAGCAUGGCUUCAAGGUAGGAAAUGUUGCAUGCUGUGGCAGUGGAGUACUGAAUGGAGAAAAUUGCAGUAGUACUCAGGAACAUUUCAAUUUAUGCGAAGAUGUGAAUGAGUAUGUUUAUUUUGAUGGGGGUCAUCAUACUGAUAGAGCUAACUUUCAACUAGCACAGCUGAUGUGGAGAGGACCAAAACAUGUCACAGGACCUUGUUACAAUGUCGAGAUGUUGUUUAAUCUCUAAAUAUAUGUAGGCUCGGAGAGAUCCAAUUAAAUAAAGGGGAUGCAUGCAUGUAAUAUGUCAUGUUCCCAGAAAAAUAAGGUGAUUGGGAUUUCUUGUCCGUAGCCAUAGGUCUAAGACUCGUGUGACAAAAGUUCUCUUGGGAUAUCUGAUCUUGAGAUUGUUGUUAAUUUCUAGUUUUCAUUUCAGUAAUUUCAAAAAAAAUCUUUGACAACAUUUUAAAUUUUCAUUUUUAAUCA